GGCACGGCCGGGAAGAUGAACGGGGCGUUGGAGCAUUCGGACCAGCCAGACCCGGAUGCCAUCAAGAUGUUUGUGGGCCAGAUCCCGCGCUCCUGGUCAGAGAAGGAGCUGAAGGAGCUGUUUGAGCCGUACGGAGCCGUCUACCAGAUCAACAUACUCCGAGACCGCAGCCAGAACCCUCCACAGAGCAAAGGCUGCUGUUUUGUCACGUUUUACACAAGGAAAGCUGCCCUUGAAGCCCAGAAUGCACUGCAUAACAUAAAGACCUUAACAGGGAUGCACCACCCUAUUCAGAUGAAACCUGCAGACAGUGAGAAAUCUAACGCGGUGGAAGACAGGAAGUUGUUCAUCGGCAUGGUGUCGAAGAAGUGCAACGAGAACGACAUCCGGGUCAUGUUCUCUGCGUUCGGUCAGAUUGAGGAGUGCCGGAUCCUCAGAGGGCCCGACGGACUGAGCAGAGGUGUGUGUCGCUCCGACUCACUUCCAUCCACACGAUGUGCGUUUGUCACGUUUUCCACCAGAGCUAUGGCACAGAAUGCAAUCAAAGCCAUGCACCAGUCUCAGACUAUGGAGGGCUGCUCGUCUCCCAUCGUGGUGAAGUUCGCCGACACGCAGAAGGACAAGGAGCAGCGGCGUCUGCAGCAGCAGCUGGCGCAGCAGAUGCAGCAGCUCAACAGUGCGACCACCUGGGGGAGCCUGACGGGCCUGGGCGGCCUCACCCCGCAGUAUCUGGCUGUAAGGAGAGCCGCCGCGUCGCCCACCUCCACCAUCACCUCCUCCACCCCUUACUGCAGCCCCAUGGCCAACGCCGCCGCAUUGCUUCAGCAGGCAACCUCCUCUGGAAACCUAGGAGCCUUCAGCGGGAUCCAGCAGAUGGCCGGUAUGAGUGCUCUGCAGUUGCAGAACCUGGCCACUUUAGCAGCGGCGGCGGCGGCGGCCCAAAACUCAGCCAGUCCCUCCACCGCAAACCCCCUGUCCUCCAACGCCGCCUCCCUGGGAGCGUUGGCCAGCCCAGCAGGCACCACAGCCAGCUCCAACGCCGGUGCCAUGAACUCUCUAACCUCUCUGGGCACCCUGCAGGGCCUGGCAGGCGCCACUGUGGGCCUGAACAACAUAAAUGCACUAGCAGGUAGCAUCAACAUUGCUCAAAUGCUCUCAGGUAUGGCGGCUCUUAACGGAGGCCUGGGCGGCGCAGGGCUUACCAACGGGACGGCGGGCACCAUGGACGCGCUGACGCAGGCUUACUCAGGGAUCCAGCAGUAUGCCGCCGCAGCGCUGCCCACCCUCUACAGCCAGUCCCUGCUGCAGCAGCAAGGGGCUGCUGGCAGCCAGAAAGAGGGUCCCGAAGGUGCCAACCUGUUCAUCUACCACCUGCCCCAGGAGUUUGGAGACCAGGACAUACUCCAGAUGUUCAUGCCUUUCGGAAACGUGGUCUCUGCCAAAGUCUUCAUCGACAAACAGACAAACCUUAGCAAGUGCUUCGGCUUCGUCAGCUACGACAAUCCAGUGUCGGCACAGGCAGCCAUCCAGGCCAUGAACGGCUUCCAGAUCGGCAUGAAGCGGCUGAAGGUGCAGCUGAAGCGCUCCAAGAACGACAGCAAACCGUACUGAUCUUAGCACUAGGGUCUAUCUGCUCCCCAUGUUAGCACUGCUAGGAACAACCCAUCUCCAUGCCUGUUAGCUCAUCGUUUGCCUAGCAUGUCUCCGUGGCGUCCCCCCCCAAAAAAAAACACUUUAAACAAAACAAAAACAAAAAAAGAUCCCCACCAAACAAAAAAAAGUGUCAUCGUCCUCCUCCCCCGUCAUUGUUUUUUCUGAUGUCUUUUCCGAGCUCACCUGAUCAUAACCUGGUUCUCCUCCUCCUCCUCCUCCUCCUCCUCCUCCGCCGCCUACUGACCUUUUGAACUUUGAACUUUUAGCUUUUUUGGACUUUUUUGAUUUUUAUGAUUAUUUUUUUCUCUUUUUUGUUUGUUUGUUUUUUUGCAUGUGACCUCAUUUGGAUCUGUUUUCCGGGAGGGUUUCAGGGAGGGAGUGAGGCGAUGAGGGAGGGGUGGGUAAGAAAAUGAAUCAAUGUGAAAAAGAUAUAAAGCUGCAUUCAUAUGAAAAACAAAAAAGACUGCGAUUUUUAUGGAAAAACAAAUGUUCUUUUUGGAGAAAAAAAAACAACAACCUGUGGCAAAGUGAUUUCCAUUCAGUAUGUUUUCUUGCAUUUUUGUUUUGUUUCUUCUUCUUCUUUAUGUCAGUUUUUCUUUUCUUUCUUUUCUUCUUCAUUUAAAGUAAACUUGAAAGUUCACCACAGGAAUUGGCGCGUCAUCUUGCUUCUGGCGCCGAUGAGAAACAGAGCGCGGGCCAGAAGCAGUCCGCGCCAGUUUCUCUGAGAAAUAAGACUACUUCCAAACAGUUUUGAGUAAAAACUGUCUGAUCAAUAUUAGACUCUCUCAGAGCUCUCCAAUGGUUUUUACAUUUUUCAGGCAGUGUAAAGUUUUUUGAUAAGGCCAUUUUAAGUGGCUCUGUUUCUCAUUCAAAGUCUAUAUAUAGAACCACUUUUUUCUAGAGUAGUUUAAAGGUAAAAAUAAAAAAGACAUUUGCCCUGUUUGGGUGGGAGAAAUGCUACCUACUUGUGUCACCUUUUGCUGAACUGACUCACAGAUAGACAAUCCGUGGUUUAAAUGCACAUGAUGAAAUGACCUAUAUUUUCUACUGUUUAAAUGUAUAGAGGAAAAAAAAAUACUAAGAUACCUGUAACCUGCGUUAACGUCGGUGCUUCUCGUGAGUUUAGUUGUGGUUUCAUCACAAGUCUAACGGUCUUAAAUGUUCUCAUGUUUUUCAAGAGAAGACUAAAAAAUCAGUUUACUUGAACAAUAGACAAAGCCUUUCAUAUUACUAUAAUAGUUACUUUGUUGUUUUUCUUUCGUUUAUUUUUUCUUCUUUUUUUAAGGAGUCCCUAUUUGCUAAAUUUCUUGUUGGUUAAUUAGCUAUAUAAAAUUCCUAAAAAUAUAUAUAAAUAUAAAUAUAUCUAUAUAUAUAUAUAAUGUCAGCUUGUGAAGCAUCAAUGUCAUUAUUAUUUUAUUUCUCUCGUGGGAAACAAUAUUUAGAUGUGUUUUGUUGUUCAGCAAAAUGUCUUAUAAAGAAAAAAAGACAAGAUCAGUGGAGUUUAGUGCCAAAUUCUGAAGGUACUUCCUGCCUAGCGCGUCAGUGUAUUUCUUGUGAAAUUAUUUGAUAACAUGGGUAUUUUAUUAUAAGUGUUUUGUAUGGAUCCCUCAUAUUUAAAAUAUAGAUUUAAAAAAGAGUUUGUUAACUUGCUAUUCUGUGGUCUUGUUGCCUGAAAAUGUCAUGUUUGCUUUUUUCUUUGUAAAGAUGUAAAAAAAAAAAAAAAAAAAAAAAGUGCCCAUGUGUCAUAUAUAUAUCUAUAUACACGCACACACGGACACACACACACACAUUCUCGUGCAGACCUCACAGUUUACUUUCUUGUUGUGCAUGAGAGCCCCUGAGUGUGAAAGCCUCUACAGCGACCGCUACCGCCCGCCAGCGUGCACGCGCACACUUUAAAAACACGCGCACACACACACAAGAAUCACGCACUGAUAUUUUUAGCCAUUGUACAGCCGUUUUAUUCAUCAAAGCCUUACCACAAAUCUUUGCACUCCUGUUCUCUCUCUAUUAGUAUCUCGCACACACAGACACAAACACAGACAUCAGGCUUCAGUAUGUAUUGUUUUGAUUGUGUUUCUCGCACACUGUCCCGCUCCUCAGCCGGAGAAAAAAAAAAUUGAGGUGAGAGUCAUACGCGAAGCCUUAUUUCUCCAAAUCCUCUUAUCCCCUUUGUUAGGUUCAAAACAUUUCUGAGUUGUAGCCGGCGCCGUUUGUCUCAGACGGCGAGGAUCAUUACUUUUUGUGUAUCACCUCAGACGGGCGCGCUUGCUUUCAUGAUGUAAGCACAGGGCAAGACUCGCUCAUUCACAAACCAGCCUCGAUCUUUUGAGGAAAAAGCACACGCCCGCCGUCGGACAGUCAAAAAAAGAGAGAGGCGGGACGGUCCGGAGCAAAGUUUUUUUACUCGUUUGAUUUCGCCGAUGAACUUAUCCUUUGACGUGUUUUUUAAGUGGUUGUUAAGACUUCUCCAUAUGUGAGUCUUGUGGUGUAAUGGGCCAAAAUCAUGUUUAGAUGCCAAAGUGUGUUAUUGACAUUCUCAUAGUCAAGCCGUUUACAUGGCACAGUGUUGUCAGUCUAUUCAACUGCCCCCGAUACCCCUCCCUGAAAGCCUAGUUUACGCUCUGCAAAAAAAAAAAAGGCAGCAUUAUUUUCUACAGAAGCUCACCAGUCGCCUUAACCAGGGAGCGUUGUACCAGUAUUAUAAGAGUAGAAGAUGUUGUCAAGUCAGUAAUGUGUGCCAAGUCUAGGUUCACCCUUUUGUGUACAGUUAACCUCCCACUCGUCAAAGUCUGGGUUUCGCUCUUCCGCCAUUUCGUCCGAUCGGAGGCCGGAGCUUGAGAAGCUGAAAUGGCCGUUUGUCCUCGCAGCGGUGAAGGAGGAGAGAAAAAAGGAGGCGCCUGUUUGAAGGAUGCCGCUCUCUCCGACUUGGUUGUUGUCUCCCAGGCUAACCGGGGUUAUUAGAAACAGGGCUAUGUGGAGAGACAUCUUAUUGGAAUAGCGACAGGGGAAAUAAAGCGCUUGUUGGUUGGAGAGGAAGGGUCACGUCCGCAGGUCCGCACAGGAAAAACAACAGCCACAGCCGAGAUGAAGGCAAUACAGCUUUCAUUAUCCACUCGAAGACCAAACCCAAUACCAAACUUUAUCUGAUCUCAAGAAGGGAGGCGAGCAGACUUUUUCCUAAAUGCAGUAUACACAUGAGCAGUGCCACAAACAGCCAUAACUACCUGUAUGAAAGCUGGACAAGACCAGUUCAAUCAGUGUUAACGGACCAGUUUUCUGAACCAGCGCGUGUGCAGGUUUUUUCACGUCGUAUAUAACCGCUGCAGCGUCAAACCCUUUGCAUCCGAGAACUACGAUUGCACAUCUUCACACCGUCACCUCGCUCUCGCACAAUUCGCACGACAACUUCUAUUCGUUAAGUGUGGAGGCUACAUCACCUGUGCCGUCGCAAAUGUCGACUCACGGCGCGCUACUUUAUACGGCUGUCUGCGUGUUUUCAGACAUUUUAACUGUCCCAAAAACUAUGUCGUAAAUUGCCAAAUCUCACCGAGUUGCACACAGCCCGACGUUGCACAGUCUAGUGUGAAGCAUCUUGUCUUUGUUUCAAUGUCGAAGCACAAGAGGGUCGUGGAAACAGAGUUUCUGUCGAGCGGCUCACCUCAGGGGCUGUCAUCGCCGAUGCUCGUUGUAAUCUUUCUAUCUUGUCACUGUUCACUUCUCUGUUCUCCUUCUUUCUUAAUUAUCUUAAGUGCUAUUUAUCAAACAAUGAAAUCUGAAAGGAAAAAAAAAUUGAACUUGUCGUUUCUUUGCAUUAUGGCUUAUGUCAAGUUUUUUGAGGAAAAAUGUUUUGUGUGUUCUCUCUUUCCGUGCCGUAAAAAAGAGCUUGUUGUCUGUAGAAAUUAUCCAAAUUCUUUUAAUUUUUUUUUAUUGUUUUCUUUGUUUCUUUCAAUUCUUCAAAAAGGUUUUCAGUAGUUUCAAAGUUAUUGUCUUGAGAGAAGCCAAAGUCAAUGCAUUUCAGUGGAUCCUGUAAGCGUGAUGUAUGUUUGUUUGACAACACUUCGAAAUCUGUCACUGGAUGGGAUUUAAAAAGUACAAAAAAUGCAGGCUUUCCUAUUUCUACAACUGAUUGUACUUAUGCAUUUUGUACCAGUGGAAUUUUUUAUACUGGAGAUUAAAGGAUACAACAAAAAAAUCUUAGAAAAAAAGCUGUCUGGCCUGGUGGUGUGGCCUGACUCUGACUGGUCCCCGAGUAUGAUUUCUAGCUGGCAUCAAGAAAGUUGGCUUUUGAUAUAAGAUUUUCUAGAAGAUCUUUGGCUUUAUUUCUUUCACUUCUUUUUCCUCACUUGAGUGUUGUUCUUUCUUUCUACCUUUCUUUCGUUCUUUCUUUGUUUUCCCGAAAAACAGAGGGUAGGUGAGUGUCAGAUCUUUUCGGUUUUGCUUUUUAAAUAGUUCUAGCAAGUUUGUCUAUACAACAGCGGUAAGUUUCAUUUGACUUCUGUAUUGUGCCGUCUACACGAUAAGACAAUUAUAGAAAAAGAAGGAAUAGAAAUAUUUAGUCACCUUCAGUGGAUUAAUGUAUUAGUUUAAUAAAGAGAUCAACUAAUUAGAAAUUUUUUGCUUUUAGCUGUUUAGAUUUUUCCGGUUUCUCUGUCCUUCUCUGUGAACUAACUGUGUAGCUGAAGCAGUCAGAAUUAUUUUUGUAAACGUAUGUUCUUGUGUGAUGCAGUUUUUUGCUUCUGUCUCCUAUAUUAAACCAUUUUUCCUAA